GCUGGCUCUAGUGAAAUGAGCAGACUUUGUGAAGUCAAAUGCCUGGGUUUGAAUCCUGCUCCUGCUGCUUUUGCAGCUGUAUGACCAGGGCAAAGUACAUUUCAGCCUUUAUUUUCUCUUCUGUAAAAAUGUGAAUACUAACUCUUAGGGACACCGAGUUUUGAAAAAAUAGUAAAAUUCCUAACCAAUGAUUUGUGACCAGUAAACAAUAUUGUUACAAAUUGUUUCCCUGUAAAAGCCCUGGGGCAGAAGUGAAAAAGAAAAAUGCAUUUAAUUCACCUAACCUACUGGAGACCCCCCCCACCCCGCAACCAGCCCCAGAAUUGAACUGUGCGUGGAGACCCAGCACCCGGUCGGGUCACGUGGUCAGAACGCCGCUCCUACCCGGGCGCCGGGGGUCACGUGGGCGCCCGCCCCUACUCAUACCCCAGUCCGCGGGGAGGGAGGGGCCUAGCAUUUGCCCCGGAAGUAGCUGUCUUUUCAUCUGACAGCUGCUUGUAAGGCGGCGGCGGCGGCGGCGGCGGCAGGCUCCGAGCAAGAUGGCGUUACGGCCGGGAACGGGAGCUGGCGGCGGCGGGGCCGCGGGAGCUGGUGCGGGGGCCGCCGGGGGAGGAAGCUUCAUGUUUCCUGUAGCAGGUGGAAUAAGACCCCCUCAAGGCCUGGUGCCGAUGCAGCAACAGGGAUUUCCUAUGGUCUCUGUCAUGCAGCCUAAUAUGCAAGGCUUGAUAGGAAUGAAUUACAGCUCUCAAAUGUCCCAAGGAUCUAUCGCUAUGCAGGCAGGGAUACCAAUGGGACCACUGCCUGCAGCGGGAAUGCCAUACCUGGGACAGGCACCAUUCCUAGGAAUGCGUCCUCCAGGCCCACAAUACACUCCAGACAUGCAGAAGCAGUUUGCUGAAGAGCAACAAAAGCGAUUUGAACAGCAACAAAAGCUCUUAGAAGAAGAAAGAAAAAGACGCCAGUUUGAAGAGCAGAAGCAAAAGCUCAGACUUCUGAGUAGUGUGAAGCCCAAGACAGGAGAGAAGAGCAGAGAUGAUGCUCUGGAGGCCAUAAAAGGAAAUUUAGAUGGAUUUUCCAGAGAUGCUAAGAUGCACCCUGCUCCAGCAUCACACCCUAAGAAACCAGGUGUGGGAGUAUUUCCUUCACAAGAUCCUGUUCAGCCCAGAAUGCCUCCUUGGAUUUACAAUGAAAGUUUAGUUCCAGAUGCCUAUAAGAAAAUUUUAGAAACCACAAUGACUCCAACUGGAAUAGAUACUGCUCAACUUUAUCCCAUUCUGAUGUCAUCUGGACUUCCCAGGGAAACUCUUGGACAGAUAUGGGCCUUAGCUAAUCGAACUACACCUGGAAAACUUACUAAAGAAGAACUUUAUACUGUUCUCGCCAUGAUAGCAGUAACACAGAGGGGUGUUCCUGCUCUGAGUCCUGAUGCUUUAAACCAGUUCCCAGCAGCUCCUGUUCCAACUUUAAGCGGCUUUCCUUUGACUUUGCCUACUGCCAUGAGUCAGCCAACUGGGAUGCCUUCCAGCCCUGCAGGCUCCAUGCCCCUCAACCUUGCACAACCAGUCAUGGGCAUUAACCUCAUUGGACCAGUAGGGGGAGCUGCAGCCCAGGCUUCCAGUAGCUUUAUGCCAAUUUACCCUGCAAAUCAGGUGGUAAAACCAGAAGAAGAUGACUUCCAGGAUUUUCAAGAUGCUUCUAAGUCAGGAUCCCUUGAUGACUCAUUCAGUGAUUUCCAAGAGUUGCCUGCUUCUUCAAAAACAAACAAUUCCCAGCAUGGAAACAGUGCCCCUUCUUUGUUGAUGCCACUUCCUGGAAACAAAGCAUCAGCUUCAAUGGAUAAAUAUGCUGUGUUUAAAGGAAUUACAGCUGACAAGUCCUCUGAAAAUACUGUCCCAUUUGGAGAAUCUGGUGAUAAAUAUAGUGCUUUCAGAGAAUUCGAACAGACAGCAGAGAGUAAAUCUUUAGGAGAAAACUUUGCUGAAUUCAGGUCUGCAGGAACUGACGAUGGUUUCACUGAUUUUAAAACUGCUGAUAGUGUAUCACCACUAGAGCCACCAACAAAAGACAAAACUUUUCCAGCAGCCUUCCCCUCAGGAGCUGUGCAGCAGAAACAACAAGCGCAAGUGAAAAAUCCCCUGAACUUAGCAGACUUAGAUAUGUUUUCCUCAGUAAGUUGCAGCAGUGAGAAACCACUGUCUUUUUCCACUGCAUUUACUGCAUCAAAAUCUGUUUCUGCACGACCACAGCCAACAGGAUCUGCUGCAACUAUGACAGCAUUGGCAUCCACUAAGCCUUCUAGUCUGGCUGAUGAUUUUGGAGAAUUCAACCUUUUUGGAGACUAUUCUGCUCCAGCAUCUGUUGGGGAGCAGGAUGACUUUGCAGAUUUUAUGGCUUUCAGUAACAGCUCUGUUUCAUCUGAGCAAAAGGCAGAUGUCAAAUAUGAUACCCUUAAAGAGGAAGCAAGCCCUGUUCCUCUAACCAGCAGCUCGGGCAGCACAGUGAAGAGUGGACAGAACUCAGCUGCUGUAUCUACCAAAUAUGAUGUCUUCAAACAACUUUCUCUGGAAGGAUCAGGACUAGGUGUUGAAGAACUGAAAGAGAACACUGCUUCAGGGAAAAGUGAUGAUGAGUUUGCUGACUUCCACACCAAUAAAUUUUCGUCCAUGAACUCGGACAAAUCCCUGGGAGAGAAAGCAGUGGCUUUCAGACACACCAAAGAAGAUUCUGCCUCAGUGAAGUCCUUAGAUCUCCCUUCCAUUGGCAGCAGCAGUGCUGGCAAGGAGGAUUCGGAAGAUGCACUCUCUGUUCAGUUUGACAUGAAACUGACAGAUGUGGGAGGAGAUCUUAAGCAUGUCAUGUCUGAUAGCUCUUUGGAUUUACCAACAGUUAGUGGCCAGCAUCCUCCUGCUGCAGAUAUAGAGGACUUAAAAUAUGCUACUUUUGGAACCUGCAGUAGCAAUUUUGCAGUGAACACACUUAAGGGCUAUGACUGGUCAGACAGGGAUGAUGCAUCUCAGGGCAGAAAACUCUCUCCAUUUGUCCUCCCAGCAGGAAGCGGGUCCUCAGCUGCCUCAGUUCUUCAGAAGAAAGAGACUGCCUUUGGCAGUUCUGAAAGCAUCACGAUGACAUCUCUCUCCAAGGUAACCACUUUGGCAGGCGAAGAUGCUCUUCCAGAAACUACCUUCCCAGCUUUUGCCAAUUUUAAAGAUAUGCUGCCUCAGCCCAGUGAGCAAAAAGAAUAUGAAAGUGGGGACUAUACAGAUUUCACAAGACAAGCCCUGCCUACAGCUGAACAGAGGCAGGAGGCCACUUGCCCAAGCCCAGCUUCCAGCAGCGCUUCUCAUGACACUCCCAAGGAAUGUGCAGAUGACUUUGGAGAGUUUCAGAGUGAAAAACCAAAAAUCAGCAAAUUUGACUUUUUAGUGGCCAAUUCACAAAGCAAAAUGAAAUCCAGUGAGGAAAUGAUCAAAAGUGAGCUGGCGACCUUUGACCUUUCUGUUCAAGGAUCACACAAGAGAAGUUUGAGCCUUGGUGAUAAAGAAAUAAGCCGUUCUUCUCCUUCAGCUUUGGAGCAGCCUUUCAGAGACCGUUCCAACACUCUGAGUGAGAAGCCUGCUCUGCCUGUCAUCCGUGACAAAUACAAAGAUCUGACAGGAGAGGUCGAGGAGAAUGAGAGAUACGCAUAUGAAUGGCAGAGGUGCCUGGGGAGUGCCCUAGAUGUCAUUAAGAAGGCAAAUGAUACUUUAAAUGGAAUCAGUAGUAGUUCUGUGUGCACAGAGGUAAUUCAGUCAGCUAAAGGCAUGGAAUAUUUAUUAGGUGUUGUUGAGGUGUACAGAGUAACCAAACGUGUGGAGCUGGGGAUAAAGGCCACUGCGGUGUGCAGUGAGAAACUCCAGCAGUUGCUAAAGGACAUUGAUAAAGUAUGGAAUAACCUCAUUGGCUUCAUGUCACUUGCUACGCUCACGCCUGAUGAAAAUUCGCUGGAUUUUUCCUCUUGUAUGCUACGGCCUGGGAUUAAAAAUGCUCAGGAACUUGCUUGUGGAGUGUGCCUUUUAAAUGUGGACUCCAGGAGCCGGGCAUUCAACUCUGAAACAGACAGUUUCAAGCUGUCAUAUGGAGGACACCAGUAUCACGCCAGCUGUGCCAACUUCUGGAUCAACUGUGUUGAACCAAAACCUCCUGGCCUUAUCCUGCCUGAUUUGCUCUGAAAAGAUCCUCUAUGAAGUACCAACUGGAUUUGUUUUUUUUCUGUCACACACUGUGGAGUGACAGGGACCAAUAAAUAGAAUGCAAGUGCAACGUUCACCUCGGUAAAUCUCUAUGAGGAACUCUCGGAAAGGUGGUGGUGGGCGGGGAAAGCUGCAGGAGUUCCCAGUCAUUCUUACAGAUGACCUUUGUCCCCUAGUUCCCACUGUCAGUCUUUGGAAUUUGAGGUCAAAUUGACCUAACUAAACUGCAUGACCAACCCAAACUGGAGAUAAGUUUGUUAUCUCUAGUUCUGUCAAGAUGUUUUAAAAUAUGGGCCACAAUUUUAUCUAAGGAAUAAUUUGCUGCUGCAGUAUUGAAACUGUGAAGAAUUGCCAUUUGAAGAAAAAUACUGUUGUAGAACUAGAAUUGGCAAGACUGUUUUGAGCCAGUGCUUAUUUCUAUCUAGAACACUUAUUGUCCUGUGAAGUAGAAUGCAGUUAUCAUCUACAUUUAGCUUAAUAUGUGAAAUGAAUAAAAAGGGGAAAUUGUGAUAAACUUAUAUUCUUUUUAUAGAAAAAAUUCUGCUCGUCUCCACUGGACAAUGGCAGGUAGGUGAGGGCAGAUUUCCCCAACUUUGCUGUUGCAACUGAACCAAUUCCCUACUCCUUUUCUAAAACUAUCAACUUUCAAGAAGACUUUUUCUCCAAACAUGCCUGGGCAUUUGCCAUGGAAAAUGUCCAUUUUGACAAAGGCGCAAAUCCUUGUGUAUCAGGAUGUCCUUCCCCUUAGAAGUCUUCACUAAAGACCUUGUUUUAUCUCAAACACAGUCUAGGACUGUGGUAUUUCUUUCAGACAAGAUUUGGAAAGGCAACUGAAUAAAAUCUCUCUGCAGUGGCCUCUGUCCAAAUUCCAGAAUGACUGCAUUAAGGACCAAUACUGCCUGACUUUGCAGUAUCCAUGUGAGAGACCUGAAAAUCAACUUGGUGAGGUGGAGUUCUGACCUACUAAGGUGAACAGAAAGGUGUUUAUCUUUCUGUUCAGUAGAAGAAAAUGUUUUAAAAACAUUGAAUUUUAGAAGGGAAAGCCUCAUGAUGUCUGAUGUAGGGAGUUUUCUUUGUCACUAAACUGAAUGCAUAAAAUCAGAAAAAGAAACCAAGUGAUCGCCGACUGUGAUGCUCCUGGGAAGAACAUGCCGAUGCGAGAUGCACAUUUCUCUUAAGUGUUAAUUAUGUGCUUUGUAGAAACAUCUUUUAUGUUUCACUUUGUAUGACUUAGGCUUGCUGAUCUAGACAGUUUUUAUUUAUAAAAUGAAAAGGGUGUUUUUGUCUGUGUAAUUGCUGUACAUGAUUAUUUUCCCUUCUCAGGACAAAGCUUGAGGGGAAUUGUUUUGUUCCAUUUUAUACCUUUUACCUCCAUCUUCUCCAAGGAAGGUAUAGGACGUUUUCAUUAAGUAGCCAUUGAUGAGGCUUCUUCUUUACCUCGCUGUGUACCAGAAUGCACAGAGAUGUGUGGAUGAGAUAGAUCUGUUUUUCUCAUUUGUUCCAGAUUAUACUACCUCUAGCUACUAAUGACUGAAAUAGCUGUCUCUGAAUUGUUACAUUCAGAGCCUCUGUCAUCCACAGGGCUCCUGCAGUGUUGGGAGCACAAGUGGGCCAGUUUCUAGCAGGUUUUUGAGGCCUCUGUGCUCCACAUGAGCAGCUCCUAGAGCUUCAGCAUGGCACCAGAAUUCAAGCACUUCUAAUUGGUCUUGUAAUUCCAUAAUAGAUGGUAACAGCAUCUACCUUGUGAGAAGAAUGCCUCCCAAAUUGACAGAAUUUACAUUACUGAGACCUCUUAUUUUUUUAAAAAUGCCACAUGGACUAUUAGCUUGUCACAAUGGCCUGUAUCAAUGACAUUUUUGGAAGUGUGCUCACCUGCUAAUUAGAUUGGUUUCCAUUCCUAGAUAUAAUCCUCAGGUAAAAUCCCUAAGUAUAAUUACUGCUGACCUCACCAAGUAUGGUAGAUUUACUCAUUCCAUGGUUGGUACAAUAGUAAAAUACAGCAGAUGUGAGUCAACCAAAAGCCUUUGCUAUCAAAAGCACUCACUACUUUUAUCAUCUCCUUAAUGGUGAGAACAUUUAAUUAGAUACCACCAAAGAUUUGGGGAGUGUACAAUUCCAUUACAUUGAUUUUUGUUAGUUAUGCACAUUUAUUAAAUGACUCAACAUUGCUUUCAGCUUCAUCUCAGCUUUUGUUAGCCAAGAGUCCAGUGUCCUUGGAAACAGUAACCAAGGUUACUUAUUUCCAUACUCCGUAUUGUGCAAGCAGCUUCACCCUGCUGCCUGAGUGGCAAUUAAGAAGCACUUUUCUUUUUUUGGUAUUGUAGUUUGCCUUUAAAUUUUUAUGGCCUAGUGCAUAGUUCAGUUUUUGUCUGGCCAUGCUUGAGGUAGAAGAGGCAGAGGGUCUAUCAUGUUAUCCAUGCUUCACUUUUCCUGGAGCUACUAAUUAGAAUUCUAUAUAGGUGGUGUAUUUUAAAUUAGUUGAAUAUUUUGUGUGCAUAUAUGUAUUUUUUGUUUAAAGAUGUCUUCUACUUGCCUUUUGUAUGACUAGGCUAGUGUGUGCUUAAAUUUUGAAAAGAUUUUGGAGCCUUUAUGUUACAGAAGUUUGCUCUGCACUGGGAAUCAACUACAAAAUUUCCCCUAACACCUUUUAGGUCACAUACCUUCCUUUGUGACCAGCUAAUAAACUCUGAUGUUUAGAUUAGAAAGGUGUUAGGCUUCCCAACUGCUAAGAAUGCUCUUAGUUACAUCCCAGUAGUGGAGUUUUCAGGGAUUUCUGCAGGAAAUUUUCAAUUACCAUGCACAUCUGUCUCUAGCUGUUUUCUUACUAUAGUAAAGCGAUUAUUUGGGGACUCUUAUCCAGAGACUGACAGACUUACAGUUUGCCUUCAUACUAAAGCAGCAUUAUGGGUUCCUCUGAUUACCCAUAGAAAUUAGCUUCAUUUAAUUUUCCUGUUUAGACUAUCAUGUGCAUGUUUAUAAAAGUGGGCAAAUAGUAGGAAACAGGAAAAGGUAGAAUUUAGAUGGAAACCAUUGCCACAGACCAGGUAAAAUCUGUAAGAUGUCAUUCAUAUAUAUAUAGCCACUGGCAAUAUAUUUAUGGCUUCUUGCCAAAAUAUACCAAAAAUCUACAAAAUUAUUCCAUGCCUAUCUAGUAAAUGAAGUCAAGUAAAGCAAGGCUGUGACAAGUGGCUCCCUGAUCUAAGGUUAAGGGACAACUUGGUACCUCCCAGUGGUUGCCUAGGAGUGUGGAAUAGAGAAGAGGUAAUUAAACUUCUACCAAGCCCCUGA